AUGGGCUGUGCCAACCUGCCGAGGCCCGGGGAUCACGCUUGGGCCAAGGGCAUGGCCGUAUGGCGUUUGCCCAAAGAGCCCUGGCUGGUCACUCACACUGUCCGCUCCUGCCUCCCUUCCCCUGACCUGACAGGCAUUGCCGGGAGGACAGGGGAGAAGAAGUGGGUGACUGUGGGUGACACGUCCCUGCGAAUCUACAAGUGGGUCCCUGUGACAGAGCCAAAGGUGGAUGAUAAGAACAAGAACAAGAAAAAGGGCAAAGAUGAGAAGUGUGGCUCAGAGGUGACCACUCCGGAGAACAGCUCCUCCCCAGGGAUGAUGGACAUGCACGAUGAUAACAGCAACCAGAGCUCCAUAGCAGAUGCCUCCCCCAUCAAACAGGAGAACAGCAGUAACUCAAGCCCUGCUCCCGAGCCCACCUCGGCUGUGCCCGGCGAAGGCACUGACACCAAGGCAGAUGAGACCCAGGCAGAUGGGAAGGAGCUCCCUGGGGCCGAAGAUGCUUCUGACGAGCAGAAUUCACAGUCCUCAAUGGAAAACUCGAUGAACAGUUCAGAGAAAGUAGAACGGCAGCCAUCUGGAGACGCGGGUCUAGCUGCAGAGGCGUCCGCAAUCUCUCAGGUACCUCGAUCGAGGCCUCAGAGGGGCAGCCAGAUCGGCCGGGAGCCCGUUGGGGUGUCGGGGGAUUUGGAAGGAGUCCCACCCUCUAAGAAGCUGAAACUGGAGGCCUCGCAACAGAACUCUGAAGAGAUGUAG